UAAACCGCCAUCCUUCUUGAAAAGCAAAGCAAAUUGCAGCUGAAAGCGCAGAGAGCGCCGCAAUCUGUUCUGCUGCGAAAAAAAAUAUGUCCACGUUGCACGUCUGCAGCGUCAUCCAGGCUCUCUUCUGCCAAGAUGCCGCAGUUUACGAUUUGGGUUUGGAACUGCUGCAAAGAUUUAGCCGCCUAAUCUGCGUGAAACCGGCCUGCCCCGACGGCCGCUAUGUUCCCCUUCUCCGAGCCUUCAACACGUGUCCAGGAAUGACCCAGUUCACACAACCCCCACUCCCGGGACGCCAGAAACUGCCGGGCACCUCUGCCGCCCACGUGGAUUCCCCCCAGCCUGGAGAAGGAGGCGGAACAGUCGCGGCGCGCCUCCGCCAAUCAGGCGCCGCUUCGCCGCCGCGCUGCCCAAUCAGCACCCGGCAAGCUCAUUUCAAACUCUGCCUUCUCGGACUUCGAGUGGAACCGGGAAGCGCCUUCCCCCCGCCCAAUCCGGAGGCCGGAGGGGCGUGAGUGGCAGGCCGAGGAGGGGCUUGGGGGGGUCCCCUCUUGAGAAAAGUCUCGGCAGCCCCUCGGGGAGGGAGGGGGUCCUCGAGGAAGCGCUUCCUUCGCUCUUUGCCCGGCUGUCAAACGAGGAAAAACUCCCAGGGUCGCUUUGGCAUGGCGAAAGGCCGGCGGAAGAUGCCCCAGCCCAAGCCGGGGAGGGCGGCGGCGGACGAGGCGGCGGACGAGGGCUCCGCAGGAGGAGGAGGAGGAGGAGGCGGCGGCGGCGGCGGCGGAGACAAGCGAGAGCCGGCCCGGCCCAGGAUGAACGGGGAGAACAUAUUCACUCGCCAAUCCAAAAUCUACAGUUACGUGAAUCCCGGUAAAACGUCCGCCUCUCGGCCCCCGCUUCAAGAGGAGAAUUCUGCCACACAUCCUGAGACGAAAGGGCAAACCUGCAAACUUGAAACUUGCCAAAAACUGGAAGACCGAGUACAGGUUGGUGACUCGACCUCCGGUAUUGCAAAAUCCGACAGCCAGCACAGCAAAGCAACCGAAUGUGAACCUUUAGCAUCUCUCUCCAGCCCGAAUCCCAAACCGACGGAAACUCACAAACUCCCGCCAGCCAAAUCAGACGAGGUCACCAGCCAAAAGCAGGUCCCGAACAAGGCAGGCAAAAAACCUGCAUCCCGAAGGAAAGGAAAAACACCGCCAAACCGAAAGGUAACUGAUUAUUAUCCGGUUAGAAGAAGUUCCAGAAAGAAUAAAAAAGAAUUACAGACAGAGGAGAAGAAACGGAUAGAUGAGUUAAUCAAGAGUGGGAAAGAAGACGGAAUGAAGAUCGACUUCAUUGAUGGCAAAGGCCGGGGCGUCAUUGCAACCAGGCAUUUUAACCGGGGUGAAUUUGUGGUUGAAUAUCACGGAGACCUCAUUGAAAUUACGGAUGCUAAGAAACGGGAAGCGGCUUACGCCCAGGAUCCAUCGACUGGCUGUUACAUGUACUAUUUCCAAUACUUGAGUAAGACUUUCUGUGUCGAUGCCACGAAAGAGACCGACCGCCUGGGACGUUUGGUGAAUCACAGCAAGUGUGGGAAUUGUCAGACGAAGCUCCACGACAUCGGUGGCGUCCCCCACCUCAUCUUGGUGGCUUCCCGAGACAUUACAGCUGGCGAGGAGUUGCUGUACGAUUAUGGGGACCGGAGCAAAGCUUCUUUGGAGGCCCAUCCCUGGCUGAAACACUAAGGGGCUCCCUUGCACGCGAGUAAGCAUUGGAUGUCCCUUGUGGAAGAUCCAUUGGCAGCUCUUAGGGGUGGAUACUUCCAAGAGAUCUCCUUUGUGGCCAACUGAAAGGCCAGCAGGGACGACGGAGUCUUCACCUGAACGGACUUUUUUAUUAUUAUUAUUUCUAUCUUUUCCUUCUCCUCCUCCUCCUCCUUCCUUCUUCUUCCUCUGCUUCUUCUCCUCCUCCUCAUCUCCCUCAUACUUGUCCUUCCAUCCUUCUCAUCUUCCUUCCUUCCUUCCUUCCAUCCUUCUUCUCCCCUCUUUUUUCUUCGGCAUCGGCUUCACAGAGAUCCCUGCUUCAAUUCGUCCUUCCCGUCUGUUCGGGAAUCUUUGAAACAUUCAGAUUUCUGCACUCUACAGAUAAGUUGUUUUUUUUUUUUUUUUUAAAUGCAACUUCUUGAAACUGAUCUAAGGUGGGACCUGCUCAAGAAAGGGUGAACAAAUCUCCAAUGAAGUUUGUGAAGGAAACCUGCUUUCCCCCUUUCCUUAGCGAGGCACCAGUGAAGGCGGACAAGAACGCUUGAGGGAUGGUCUGGCUUUCCUUAAGACAGGUUUGGGCUCUGGGUCCAGGAUUAUCACCUCCGUUUGGGGGGGUCUGGGGAUCUGGGGUGAUCUGUGCCUCAAAAGCUGGGGGAGAAGAUCAUGUCUCUGCUAAACGGCCGGGGGAUGGAGAGCUGGUUCAGGAGAGCAGCUGGAAGAACCCAAAAACGUGGUCUUUUCAAAGCAGCCUGUUUGCAACCUCUUUCUAGAAAGAGGAAGAAAAUUGGAAAGCAGUUUUCAUCUCUGCUGAGAAUCACUGGACUUUUUGGCCAGGAAGGAGCUACAGAGCUCGCAAUGUGAAAGCCAGUGUCAGCUUGUCCUUCAGGAGCUUGGCUCUCCGUAUGUGACUGGGGGAUCUGGUUGUGCUGUCGGCUGUUUUAUCUUUUUUUUUUUGCUAUUGUGAGCCAUCAAAACUGCCAUUGGCAAGCAGAGAAAGGAAGCAGGCAAUGGAGGCAGGGAGGGAACGUGACAAACUCUAAACAGCCCAUAGUUUCCUUUUGCAAGUUCCUCAGCCCAGUUUUACCUCUUCUCUCCAAGUUUGCAAAGUAGGUUGCUGGGUAUUGCUUGAAAAACAUGUUGCUUGUCUCUUGGUGGCAACACGACAUGGGAAAACCAGCAGAAAAAUGGCUUUUUAAUUGAACGUGGGGCUCAGUCUUAAACAGGGACUUUUAGCAACCAAGUGUUUUAGGAUGAAAUCACUUCUCGCAUCAACUGUUUGGAUGGAGGUAUAUUAACUUGGCGUUCCCCAAAUUGGAAUUUCCGGCUUGUAGAAACAGCGAAUGGAAUGGAUUCUCUCCUGGAAAGAGUGGAUUGGGACUACAUUUCCCAGAAUUCUUAGCUCCCACCCCUGGGGGCGGGGCUAGGUGAAGGCUGCAGUGAAGCACUUUGGGAGGAGAGAAUUGUGAAAUGCGUAAGAAUUAGGAGGCAGAAUCGAGAAACACGUUUCCCAAGUUUACUUCCGGGCCAGAGAUUCACGUAUGCCAUUUUUUUCCCCACGCCCAUCUGGUGCUCUCCAGAGGGGUGGGGAUGACACAUCUGGCUGGGAAUCCUGGGAAAUGUAGUCCCAGCUGAGCGUCACACUCUUGCGGGGCGAGAGCGCUGUUUCAAACUCUGAUGCUGGCGCUACAAAAAUUGGGGACUUAAGGCUGAUAAUGUGUUUUUUAGAAAUGAUUAAAGAGGAAUGAUCUGUACAAGAGUCUAAAUAAAGUGAACUAUUUAUUAACAA